AUGGCAUCAUCAUCAAACCGCUUUUUGAUCUGGGGAGGAGAAGGUUGGGUUGCGGGACAUCUCAAGACCCUCCUCGAAAGUCAGGGGAAGGAAGUCUACAGCACCACUGUUCGCAUGCAAAACCGUGAAUUUGUUAUUGCAGAGAUUGAAAAGAUUAAGCCAACGCAUGUUCUUAAUUGUGCUGGCUGUACAGGACGUCCAAAUGUCGAUUGGUGCGAGGAUAAUAAGGAGGAGACGAUUCGAAGCAAUGUUAUCGGAACGCUGAACUUGACUGAUGUUUGCUACUUGAAGGGUAUUCACAUUACUGUCUUUGCUACGGGAUGUAUCUAUACCUAUAAUGAUGAGCAUCCAAUUGGUGGACCUGGAUUCGUGGAGACUGAUCUUGCCAACUUUGAUGGUUCAUUCUACUCGGAGACCAAAGCUCACGUUGAGGAGGUCAUGAAAACAUACAAAAACGCCCUCAUCCUCCGACUCCGAAUGCCCGUAAGCGAUGACCUCCAUCCCCGAAACUUUGUCACCAAAAUUGCAAAAUACGAGCGUGUAGUCGAUAUUCCCAACUCCAACACCAUCCUUCACGAUCUUCUCCCUGCCUCUAUUCUCAUGGCUGAGCACAAAGAUACUGGUAUCUACAACUUCACCAACCCAGGUGCCAUCUCUCACAACGAGGUCUUGGCUCUCUUCAAACAAUAUGUGAGACCAGAUUUCACAUGGAAGAAUUUCACACUAGAGGAACAAUCCAAGGUCAUCAAGGCGGGACGAAGUAAUUGUAAAUUGGAUACUACGAAGUUGAUCAAGAAGUUGGGCGAGUAUGGGUAUGAAGUCCCCGAGGUUCAUGAGGCCUAUAAGGGAUGCUUCCAGAGAAUGGCAGCUGCUGGAACGAAAUAG